AUGGCUACUACUGAAAGUGUACCUGUUAAGCUUCUUUAUGAAUUCAUUGGUGCUAAAAUCAACGUUGAUACAAACAACGGUGAAAGCUUUACCGGCGUAUUGGUAGAAGCCCAAGAAAACAUGAGUAUGACUCUUGGUGACGUUACCGCUCUUUAUCCCAGUGGCCACACUCACAAAAUGGAGAAUGUCUUUAUAAAAGGACAUAAAAUCCGAGUUAUUGAACUUCCUCCUGGCGCCAAAGAUAGUAUCCGUCAAAUUCAGCGGGCUUUAAGACCUCCAGCUAUUUACGGACGAGGAAGGGGUAGAGGAAGAGGAGGUUUCAGAGGAGGCCGGCGGUAA